CUACCCUCCCUGCCGCGCUGUUUACGCCCACGUCUCCGUUUCGUUUCAGUUCGGUUUCCUCCUCCCCCAUUUCUCUCUCUCUCUCUCUCUCACCCAUCAUCAUCGCCACCUCCGUCCGCCUCCAUCCACGAAUUGAAUCCGAGGAUCCGCGGCGGCGGUCGACCAGCCAUGGCGCAUCGGGUGGACAACGAGUACGACUACCUCUUCAAGAUCGUGCUCAUCGGCGACUCCGGUGUCGGCAAGUCCAACAUCCUCUCCCGAUUCACCCGCAACGAGUUCUGCCUCGAGUCCAAGUCCACCAUCGGCGUCGAGUUCGCCACCCGCACCCUCCAGAUAGAGGGGAAGACCAUCAAGGCUCAGAUAUGGGACACUGCUGGGCAAGAGAGGUACCGUGCAAUCACAAGUGCUUACUACAGGGGAGCUGUGGGUGCACUUUUAGUGUAUGACAUCACAAAGAAGCAGACGUUUGAAAACAUCCAGAGGUGGCUUCGUGAACUCCGUGACCAUGCAGACUCCAACAUUGUCAUUAUGAUGGUUGGUAACAAAUCUGACCUUAACCACUUGAGGUCGGUUCCAGAGGAAGAUGGCCAGGCAUUAGCAGAGAAGGAAGGCCUAUCCUUCCUUGAGACCUCGGCACUUGAAGCUCUUAAUGUUGAGAAGGCAUUUCAGACUGUCCUCUCUGAUAUUCAUCAAAUCAUAAGCAAGAAGGCACUUGCUGCCCAAGAGGCAGCAGGCAGUGGGCCUCCGAUUCAGGGAACCACCAUUAAUGUUACCGAUUCAUCUGCAAACACGAGGAGAGGAUGCUGUUCAACCUAGGUGCAAACAAAGAACUGGCGAUGUUGCAAAAGGAAACUCUCAUGCAUGGAUCCUGUGGUACUGUAGGUGUUAUGUAGGUCACUUUGACUCCGUUUGGCCUGUAACUCAGGUGGGGUUGUAAUCACAAUUCAUAUUGCUGCAAAGAAAUUUCCCUUUCAGGUAGAUAUCACGUGUAGUUGCAAAAUUUUGGUAGAGACCAUCGUUUGGCAGACUUACUACAGUUUCAGAGCGAUGUCGUGUUUUCUUUCAGUAUACUUAUCAUCAUAUGGUGUUAAUUAUUGGAAAAGCAAAAUCGGAUGUUUCUUGUA